GCUCCACCAUUUCCAUCUUCUCAUCGACACAUCCAGAAGGAGACUCACACCAAAUCUCCCACUUUUUCCUUCUUCCAUUCUUUUCUCAAAACUCUCAUUCUUAUUUUUCUUCCCUCUGGAUUUGAUACAAUUAUAAGUUGCUUGACAUGGCUUCUUCAUAUACCCCAAAGAAUAUCCUCAUUACUGGGGCAGCUGGAUUCAUUGCGUCUCAUGUUGCUAACCGCCUUGUCCGGAGCUAUCCUGACUACAAAAUUGUUGUGCUUGACAAACUUGAUUACUGUUCUAAUCUGAAGAACCUCCUUCCUUCUAAAUCGUCUCCGAACUUCAAGUUUGUGAAGGGUGAUAUUGGUAGUGCUGAUCUUGUCAACUACCUUCUCAUCACCGAGUCCAUUGACACAAUAAUGCACUUUGCUGCUCAAACCCAUGUUGACAACUCGUUUGGUAAUAGCUUUGAGUUCACCAAGAACAACAUAUAUGGAACUCAUGUUCUACUAGAAGCAUGCAAAGUAACUGGCCAGAUCAGAAGGUUCAUUCAUGUGAGCACUGAUGAGGUCUAUGGUGAGACGGAAGAAGAUGCUAUUGUCGGAAACCAUGAGGCUUCUCAACUUCUUCCCACAAACCCAUACUCUGCAACAAAGGCUGGGGCAGAAAUGCUUGUCAUGGCAUAUGGUAGGUCAUAUGGGUUACCUGUUAUCACAACACGUGGAAACAAUGUUUAUGGGCCCAAUCAGUUUCCUGAGAAAUUAAUUCCGAAGUUCAUCCUCCUGGCUAUGCAAGGAAAGAAUCUUCCAAUUCAUGGGGAUGGUUCUAAUGUGAGAAGUUAUUUAUAUUGUGAAGAUGUUGCAGAGGCUUUUGAAGUUGUCCUUCACAAGGGAGAGGUUGGCCAUGUGUACAAUAUUGGAACAAAGAAGGAAAGGAGAGUUACCGAUGUAGCCAAAGACAUAUGCAAUCUUUUUUCAAUGGAUCCAGAAACUAGUAUAAAAUUUGUAGAGAACCGACCAUUUAAUGAUCAGAGAUACUUUCUCGAUGAUCAAAAACUGAAGAACUUGGGUUGGUCUGAGAGGACCACAUGGGAUGAAGGCUUGAAGAAAACUAUGGAAUGGUAUAUCAAUAAUCCUGAUUGGUGGGGUGAUGUCACGGGGGCAUUGCUUCCUCAUCCAAGGAUGCUGAUGAUGCCUGGUGGGAUGGAGAGACAUUUUGAAGGUUCUGAAGAGGAAAAACCCGCAUCAUUUGGCUCAACUAAUACUCGGAUGGUAGUUCCAUUAUCCAAGAACAAUGGAACUCAGCAGAAACAUCCUUUUAAGUUCUUGAUCUAUGGUAGAACAGGGUGGCUUGGGGGUUUGUUGGGAAAAUUGUGUGAAAAGCAGGGGAUUCCAUAUGAAUAUGGAAAGGGGCGCCUAGAGGAUCGCUCUUCGCUCGUGGCUGAUAUUCAGAAUGUGAAGCCAACCCAUAUUUUUAAUGCUGCAGGAGUGACUGGCAGACCCAAUGUUGAUUGGUGUGAAUCUCAUAAAACAGAAACCAUCCGCACCAAUGUCGCUGGUACUUUAACAUUGGCUGAUGUCUGCAGGGAGCAAGGGCUCUUGAUGAUAAAUUAUGCUACUGGUUGCAUAUUUGAGUAUGACGCAACACAUCCAGAAGGCUCUGGUAUUGGUUAUAAAGAGGAAGACAAGCCCAAUUUCAUUGGCUCUUUCUAUUCCAAAACUAAAGCCAUGGUUGAGGAGCUCUUAAGAGAAUAUGACAAUGUAUGCACCCUCAGGGUUCGCAUGCCGAUUUCAUCUGAUCUGAGCAACCCACGCAACUUCAUUACAAAGAUUUCUCGUUAUAACAAAGUAGUUAACAUUCCAAACAGCAUGACCAUUUUGGAUGAACUUCUGCCUAUUUCAAUUGAGAUGGCAAAGAGGAACUUGAAGGGUAUCUGGAACUUCACAAAUCCUGGGGUUGUGAGCCACAAUGAGAUCCUUGAGAUGUACAGGGAUUACAUUGACCGUGACUUCAAGUGGGUUAACUUCACACUUGAAGAGCAAGCCAAGGUGAUUGUUGCUCCUCGAAGCAACAAUGAGAUGGAUGCUUCCAAAUUGAAGAAUGAGUUCCCAGACUUGCUUUCCAUCAAGGAAUCACUGAUCAAGUAUGUCUUUGAGCCAAACAAGAAAUAAGCAGUUUUAUGUUUUAGACAUGGCAGCUAUAUGUUGGGGCUAUCGUUCACUAUUCCACUGUUAGUUCCAUUCAGUUAGUAUUACAAUUGCGUUUGAUAUUUCCUAAGUUUUCAUUUCCACAGCCUUAUUCAUAUUUUUAGGGUCCUCUUGUAUUAGCAGGUUUAGAUAGAUGUCUUGUUUUUAUUAUCUGAAAAGCAAGUGAUGGGAAACAUUUGCAUCGUGUAAGGCUUGUAUUGCAUUCUUUCAUUGCUCAUCUAGAAUGAAAAUUUAAAAUAAGAGAAGUUAUUAUGAUUUUUGACAUUAUUGAGAUGUA